UUUAACGCUUAAUAUCUCUCUCGGUUCACGGGCAAAGCGACGCUUUUUUUUUGCCAAAUUCUUUCGUUUCAUGUGAAAACGAUUAAGCCUAAUUUUAUUGACUUUGGAGUUCUAUCGGAUAAAGUAAAAUGAAUAAAAUGAUUAAAUAUAAAAAUACCUUUAAACGUAAUACGAAUGACAAGUAUAAAGUCGAAGGGCACACACAGUUUAAAGUAUUGUAUAAUCGGAAGCUCAUGGCGCCUUUGAGGAAAAAACGGAAAAAUGAAUAUGAUGCUAAUGAAGAAGCCAGGUUAGAAAAAAUAGUUUUUGGUAAUCCUAGUGAUAUUAUAAAUAAUUUAUUAGAUGACAAGUCCAAAACGAAGACAAAAGAUGAUGUUUGUGAAAAGAUUAGAGAUGAUAACAUGGAUGACAACAUGAACAGUAAAGAUAGCGAGGAUGAAUCAGAUCAAAAUAUUUCAAUUUUAAAUCAUAGCAACAAUACAAAAAAGGAGAAAAAGAAACUGGCAUGGAUAGAUGAAGACGAUUACAUUUACACUGUAGAUUUGACUCUAAAUUCGCAAAAUCACAAUUUACCAUAUGAGAGAUCGGAAAAAUUAUAUACAACAUAUUUAGAGAAUAGGUACAAAUUGUUUGUGGGUACUCCUAAAUGGGCUAAACUUGAAAGAAAAGAUGAAACCGAUGUCUUGGAUAGUAAUAUCUUGAAGCAUAGUUGCCAUUUGGAAGCACCAAAAAUAAAAAAUCUACCAAAAAAUGUUAUUGACAUCAAAGUGCUCAAAGCUUUGAAUAAGAGCACUCACACAGAAGGCCCUAUUAUUACAAGUGUGGAAUUUCAUCCAUCAUCCACUGUGGCUCUGGUUGCUGGUACAUCAGGUGUUCUAUCCCUGUUUCAGGGAUGCUAGAGUGACCAAAUUGUGGG